CUUUGAACGUUGCAUAGGACACUUUUUUCUUUGGCUAGCUGCUGUUGGUUGAGACUCUGGACCUGAUCAUCGAGGCAUUCUGACAACACUCAUUGGGUUCAGAUCUGUUUCGAGUCAUGUUUCUUUUUUUUUUUUGUAACAUUCUUCUCCAUCCCUAAACACAUACAAGGGGCGUCAUUCUAGACCUGAGACUGUCAUACAGUGUGGACUGUCAUACAAUGUGGACUGUCAUACAGUGUCGACUGUCAUAAUGUCAUAGUGUGGACUGUCAAAGUGUGGACUCUCAUACAUUUUGGACUGUCAUACAGUGUCGACUGUCAUAGUGUGGACUGUCAUAUAAUCUCGACUGUCAUAAUGUCAUAGUGUGGACUGUCAUAGUGUGGACUCUCAAACAGUGUGGACUGUCAUACAGUGUGGACUGUCAUACAGUGUUUAUUAGACCAUGGAUGAGUAAGUAAUUUUAUUAUUUGAUCACUGUCCAUUGUCCAACGCCCAUUGAUUCCAUUUUGUAGAAACACUUUUGUCAAAAACAUGUUGAACAUUUUAAAAAGUAUUUAUGUAUAUUAGCGAAACAAAAUACAAUAAACCUUUCGUUAUAAUUCUAAUAGUACGAUGCAAGUGAUUACAGUUUUUUACGGGACUUAUGCUACCAAAGGGGUGUUGCUGGUGUUGUUAAUGUUGUUGAUGUUGUUGAUGUUGUUUUUGUUGUUGUUUUCUUAAUCAUCAUCACGUGAUGAGAAACUUUCUAUGCAUAAAAUUAAAGACAAAAAUAUCAAUGGGGUACAGGCAGAGGUGUAACUAGAGUUAGAGAAACCUGGGGGCGGGCCGAGAAUUUAGCCGCCACCCUUGACUGAUUUACGUCGCAACCUCCAUACAAAAAUAAAAAAUGUCGCUCGGAGUGGACCACCACAUCCGGCCGCCUUGGAACGCCCCUGGGUACAGACUAUAACGUGUUAGAUGCAGUGCCCCGAGUGCGUGAAAUAAUAGGUCUUAGGUCUAUGUGGAAUAUGUGGGUUUCAUGUGGUUAUCAUGUGGGUAUCACAACUAUACAUGUCCUCAGAAGUCUUAAGGUCUAUGUGGCGUAUCACUAAAGCAGCUUUACAGGUUUAUUAGUAAACCAGGCACAGAAACAUUGCGAAUCCCCUCUACAUGCAUUGGAGGCAGAAUGAUCAACAAAUUGAUCGUGGGCCUUUGAUAUAUAGAAGAGGAAGAAGUCUGUAGACCCCCAGGGAAACAAAUGACGGGCGGGUGUUCGUACUGUUAUAAAAGUUUUUGGUUUAAGGGUGGGGAUGGUUGGGAAGGGUCCAUGAAUGCUCAGAUGGGGGAAUUCCUGGGUGACUGGGGCUUGAGGCUGCCAACUGUCCAUACAUUUACGGACAGUCCGAACAAAUUCGACCUGGGAUGAUGUCCGAAAUACAGAUUGGACGUCGUAAAAAAUAAUCUUUUGAAUGGGAUAUCUCAUGUCAUUUUUUGUUGUAGCUUACUUUACACUUGAAGUCAAAGACAAAUAGACGAACAGACAAGUAGACAAAUAGACGAAUAGACAAGUAGAUGAACAGACAAAUAGACGAACAGACAAACAUUCCUACAAAAGCAUUCUAACGGAUAUUUGAUAGUCACAGAAGCGUUGUUGUAUGAAUGUACAAUCGUUUUUUUUCGCUUCACAGGCUUAACAAAUUUAUAAUGAAAUAUUGUCCGGAAGAAAAAAAAUUGGUUUGAAUGUGUGUCUAUACAUUUAAAUUUUAUUGAGUUGUCAACCCUGGGGGUAUUGGGAGAAAAAUUAUCUUGACCCCCCCCCCCCUCUCUCGAGUAUAGACGCUCAUGUGCACGGGUAAUUUUUUUUGUUUUCUGUUUUGAAAAAUGGUGUUUUAAAAAAAAUUGGUUUUAAUGUGUGUCUUUACAUUUAAAUUUUAUUGAGUUGGCAACCCUGGGGGUAUUGGGGAAAAAAUUAUCUUUACCCCCCCCCCCCCUCUCUCGAGUAUAGACGCUCAUGUGCACGGGUAAUUUUUUUUGUUUUCUGUUUUGAAAAAUGGUGUUUUUUAAUACUGCAACAAAUGCGCCUUAUUUUGGUGUGCAUGUAUUUGUUGACCAGAUAUGUAAGUAUCAUCUUGUGCAUUGCGUCCUCAUUGUCAAGCCAGGUAGGUUUCACGGAAUUCAAAACUAAAAAACAUGGGUUUAUUUUUAAAUCCUUUAUCUUAACUUCGCUUUUGUUCGUGAGUUUGUGGAAAAAAAAGUCCGAAGGCUAAAUGACCCACUUCCCGUCAUCCUACCGUGCUGAAACUUGGCACAUAGACCAGUGCUGAAACUUGGCACAUAGACCAGUACUGAAACUUGGCACAUAGACCAGUGCUGAAACUUGGCACAUAGACCAGUGCUGAAACUUGGCACAUAGACCAGUGCUGAAACUUGGCACAUAGACCAGUGCUGAAACUUGACACAUAGACCAGUGCUGAAACUUGACACAAAGACCAGUGCUGAAACUUGACACAUAGACCAGUGCUGAAACUUGACACAUAGACCAGUGCUGAAACUUGACACAAAGACCAGUGCUGAAACUUGACACAAAGACCAGUGCUGAAACUUGGCACAUAGACCAGUGCUGAAACUUGGCACAUAGACCACACGUUCUAUCAAAGUUUACCAAUUUACACGUACGCUUUUGUUUUGAAUAAAUGAGAACUCGCGUACAAUGACAUAAAUGCAAACAUAAAUGAACAUAAAUGAUUUAUACGACUGACUUAAUUUUUAAGGGAUGUUCUCAUCAAGCCUAGGCCGGUUUUAAUUAGCUUAAUUUUUAAGUUGAACAAAUACGUACAUCGACAUAUUUCCUCGUUCAGCCACACUCUGUUGUCCCCCUUGAAGACACAAUCUGUUUUCCCCUAAAGACACAAUUUGUUGUUCCCCUCAAAGACACAAUAUGUUCUCCUCCCUUAAAGACACACUCUGUUUCCCUCCUUAAAGACACAGUCUGUUGUCCCCUCUUAUAGACACACUCUGUUGUACCCCCUUAAGACACACUCUGUUGUCCCCCUUGAAGACACACUCUGUCUCCCCCUAAAGAAACAAUUUAUUGUCCCCCUUAAAAACACAGUUUGUUUUCCCCUUAAAGACACAUUAUGUUGUCCCCCUUAAAGACACAAUCUCUUUCCCCCCUUAAAGACACACUCUGUUGUCCACCUUGAAGACACACUCUGUUAUCCCCCUUAAAGACACACUUUUUUGUCCCCUUUAGAGACACACUCUGUUGCCCCUUGAAAGACACACUCUGUUGUCCCCCCAUAAGACACACUCUGUUGCCCCUUUUAAGACAAAGUCUGUUGUCCCCCUUGAAGACACACUAUGUUGUCCCCCUUCCAAGACACACUCCGCACCGUCAUUAAGACCACGCCCUAGAUACCGCCGCCUAUGGAAGCUUCUCAAACCAAAACCUUUACUUUCGAUGGGUUCCAACGGUUUCAGUUAGGAAUACGAAAUGGAUUUUUUAAAUAGUAAUGACGUUACUAACUUUUUAAAACGACGUGAAUAUUUGAGGAUUGCGAAAUUGAAAAUAAUACUAUUUAGAAGUAGGUUCAUAUAGAAGAAGUUUCAUAUAGAAGUAGGUUCAUAUAGAAGUAGGUUCAUAUAGAAGUAGGUUCAUAUAGAAGUAGGUUCAUAUAGAAGUAGGUUCAUAUAGAAGUAGGUUCAUAUAGAACUAGGUUCAUAUAGAAGUAGGUUCAUAUAGAACUAGGUUCAUAUAGAAGUAGGUUCAUAUAGAAGUAGGUUCAUAUAGAAGUAGGUUCAUAUAGAAGUAUGUUCAUAUAGAAGUAGGUUCAUAUAGAAGUAGGUUCAUAUAGAAGUAGGUUCAUUAUAGAAGUAGGUUCAUAUAGAAGUAGGUUCAUAUAGAAGUAGGUUCAUAUAGAAGUAGGUUCAUAUAGAAGUAGGUUCAUAUAGAAGUAGGUUCAUAUAGAAGUAGGUUCAUGCAGAAUUAGCUUCAUGUAGAAAUAGGUUCAUAUACACAUAGGUUCAUAUAGAAGUAGUUUUAUAUAAAAGUGGGUUCAUAUAGAAGUAGUUUCAUAUAGAAGUAUGUUCAUAUAGAAGUAGGUUCAUAUAGAAGUAGGUUCAUACAGAAAUAGGUUCACAUAAAAGUAGGCACAAUAUAGAAGUAUGCUCCAUAUGGAAGUAUGUUCAUAAAGAAGUAGGUUCAAUAUAGAAGUAUGAUCCAUAUAGAAGUAGGUUCAUAAAGAAGUAGGUUUAAUACAGAAGUAGGCUCCAUAUAGAAGUAGGUUCAUAAAGAAGUAGGUUCAUUAUAGAAGUAGGCUCCAUAUAGAAGUAUGUUCAUAAAGAAGUAGGUUCAUAAAGAAGAAGGUUUAAUAUAGAAGUAGGCUCCAUAUAGAAGUUGGUUCAUUUAGAAAUAUUUUCACAUAGAUGUAGGUUCAAUAUAGAAGUAGGCUUCAUACAGAAGUAGGUUUCAUAUAGAAUUAGGUUCAUAUAGAAGAAGGUUCAUAUAGAAGUAGGUUCAUAUAGAAGUAGGUUCAUAUAGAAGAAGGUUCUUAAAAAAAAUAGCUUCAUUAAGAAGUAGGUUCAAUAUAGAAAUAGGUUCAUAAAGAAGUAGGUUCAUACAAAGUAGGUUCAGAUAAAGUAGGUUCCGUAUAUUUUGCUUUAAUUUUUCUCACCAACGGUAGCUCAAAACUAAAAAUCCUCAGAGGCGUAGCUAGGGUAGGUGCUUCCCGGCUGAUCAGGGUGUAAAACAAUACCAGCAUCGAUGAAUAAUUUUAGUGGCCACAAUGGAAGUUAUCUCUCUUUGCCGACUUGUCGGUACUUUUGUUUAAAUUAAUUACUACCUAUUCGAUUGAUUUUUUUAAAUAUUAAUUAUCCCAUAUUCGAUUUCCCCUCCCACCUCCCCCCCCCCCCAAAAAAAAAGUCUUGGCAUAGGUCACGUGAUCUCCGCCUUCUCGGCCGUCGCCUUCGACAUCGGCGUCAACGACGACGACAUUGUGGACAGGCUCAACUACUGGGUCAUGUACGGCACGCUCCUGUUCUUCGGGAUCAGCGCGGCGGCCAAGCAGCACGUGGGGGAGCCCAUCUUCUGCUGGCUCCCCAGGGAGUACAACGAGAAGCAGCACAGGCGGUACGUGAACCACUACUGCUGGGUGCACAAGAUGUACUACGUACCGGACGACACGCCCAUACCUGUGCUGGAACGAGACAGGUGAGUGGCCCGGGGUGGGGGGGUGGGUUUAAUAACACGGGCGGGGGUGAAGAUGAACAUUCCAGAACACAUAGAAAAAUAAAUAGAAAAGGAGGGGGGGGGGGGGGUGAAAGUUUUUUUGAUAAAAGAUUGAUAUUUAUAAAAAUCCGAGAUGCAAUUUUGACUCAAAAACUCUAAGACGGAGCCUUAUAAAAAAAAAAACGAUCCGUGUUGAUAGAAAGACAUAGUAGUCGCCUGUCACUGGAGAGAGGAGAAAUAGGUCUGCUUAAGACAAUUCGAAGUUUUAGGUGCUUGGAGUCUAGUCGAGUCAUCAGGUUUCGACUCUAUACUCUACAAGAAGGGCAAGAGGGAAAUGAUACAUGGUUUCAUUUGGAGCCGUUCGAACGGAGAAACAUUUGAUUUAAGAUUUAGCUAUCUGGAAUUUGGUUCGACUUAAGACCUAGUGAACUGGAAUUUGGUUUAAGCUCGAGAACAAGAGAAAUAACUUUUGGAAAAGAGUUUCAUUUUCAUAAAGUGGAGUUAAGUCCCGUUUUAAGAUGUCUUGGCACCUGAAAUGUGGCAGUGAAAUGAGUUCAAAUUGAGAGGUGUAGUGUUUUGUGGGGUGGGGAGGGGGGAGAUAUCAACUCUUACGACACUUUGGAGUGUAGGCCAAAUAAAAAGAUUGAUAGAUCGUUUCAUUGGAAUAAUGAACUAAUCUCAUCACAUGCAUGGUCGCCGCCCAUGAAACUAUCGCCAGGUAGCACGGUAAUCAGAGGCGUGAGCCAGGAACGGAAUUUCGGUUACAUAUCAGAAUAUAUAGGAUUUUUCUUUGAUGGAUGUAGUUCUCCAAGAUGUAUUCAAAUCCUCAGGUAUUUCCACGAUAUCGGCUUUUACCGAUGGUCCACCAUUUUCUUCAUCUAUAUGGCCUUCACCUUCCGCGUGCCGAAAUUCGCUUGGAGGGAGUUGAAGAACUUCUCUGGUAUAAACGUUAGCAGCAUUAUUAGUAAGUAGGUCAUGUUAUAGUUGGUACGACAUUGGUAAGUAGGUCAUGCUAUAGUUGGUACGACAUUGGUAAGUAGGUCAUGUUGUUUUUUGUACGACAUAAGUAAGUAGGCCAUGUUGUUGGUAAUAGUUACCGUACAUGUCCCAGUAUGUUGUCUGUAUGUCACAGCAUGUUGUCUGUAUGGCACAGUAUGUUGUCUGUAUGUCACAGUAGGCUGUCUGUAUGUCACAGCAUGCUGCUUACAUGUCACAGUAUGCUGUCUGUAUGUCACAGCAUGUUGCUUACAUGUCACAGUAUGCUGUCUGUAUGUCACAGUAUGUUGCUUGCAUUUCACAGCAUGUUCUCUUUAUGUCACAGCAUGUUGUCUAUUUGUCACAGUAUGUUGCUUGUAUGUCCAGGUAUGACUCUUGAGACCGCCAACAUGGAACAGGACAAAAGAGACCAACAACUAGGUCAUGUGGCAGUCUUUCUGGACAGAUGGAUCACUACAUAUUUCAACAGCCCCAAAAGGUAUGAACCUUAUCGUCUUGUCUCUUUAGCACAUCCUUUAAAUAGGCAGAUCUUGGAUGUGUCCAAAAUUGUUCAUCAACUAUAUACCCACCGCGCCUUUUCACCAUCAUGCGAAUAUACAUUUCUAAAAAAUAAUCUUGUAUUAAUGUAUAAGUUUAACUAAAACCCUCGCUCACCAGACCCAAUGGAUCUGCUAGACAUACAAGGGAAUUAAUCAGGAUAGUGCUGAACGAGCAUGAAGUACAUUGAAUAAAACAUGGGACAUUAUCCUGGAAUAAUUAAUGAAACUAAUCAACAUAGGUUUACAAAAAAAAAAACCAAAAAAAAAAAACAACAACAAAACAACUAAAAUAUGUUUGAAAAAAUCAAAUAAUUAUUACUAGAAUAUACAUACAAGGGAAUUAAUCAGGAUAGUGCUGAAAGAGCAUAAAGUACAUUGAAUAAAAAAUGGGACAUUAUCCUGGAAUAAUUAAUGAAACUAAUCAACAAAGGUUUAAAAAAAAAAAAACCAAAAAAAAAAAACAACAACAAAACAACUAAAAUAUGUUUGAAAAAAUCAAAUAAUUAUUACUAGAAUAUUCCAAAAAUAUUUUCUUUUAAUAUCAUAUAUGAAUAUUUAAAGUCUAAAGUAAGAUUUCAUUUUCUGAUUUAUCAUUUCCUUUUUUUGUUUUGUAUUUCAGAAACGGAAGGUUCUCAAACUUUCGCAGAGUUCUCGAAAGCAUCUUCGUCUGCUACGGCAAGCGUUCCGGUCGCUACCUGGUCAUCAUCUACCUCUUCAUCAAGUUCCUCUACCUCCUCAACAUCGUCGUGCAGUUCUUCUGCAUCUCUGCCUUCCUCAACCUGAACUACUGGACGUUCGGCUACGACAUCCUCAGAACGUUCACGGAAACGGGCGAGUGGGUGGACGAGGUCAACUUCCCGAGGAUGUCACUGUGCGACUUCAAGAUCCACCACCUCGCCAACGUCAACACGUUCACGGUCCAGUGUGUGCUGUCCGUGAACAUCUUCUUGGAGAAGAUGUUCCUCGUGCUGUGGUUCUGCCUGGUGUUCAUGCUGGCCGCCAACACGUUCAGCCUCGUCAAGUGGAGCUUCCAGCUGCUGAGCGAGAGGCGGAUCACCGAGUUCAUGACCAAGUACACGGGGAUGAUAUUCCCGGACACGUCCGAGAACAACGUCUCGGAGAAGGAUCUCAAGCACCUGGUCAGGAGGUACCUCAAGGCGGACGGGGUGUUCGUGGUCAAGAUGGUCGAGUCCAACACCACAGACAUGCUGACCUUGGAUCUGAUACGUCAGAUCUGGUUGUACUACUCCAAGAAUCGAACCGUCGAGCCGGGCGUGGCAGACCGGAACUCGCUUAACGAGAAUGGUGGCGUCGGGUACAAGUUUGAGACUGAUAUUUAACGCUGUUGGAAAGACAAUGCUUUUCAGGGACUCUCAAAGUUUACAUAAUAAAAUAUCAUUUUUUAACCCAGCCUAUAAAUAUGAUGAGUUUUAAAUAAAUGGACCCUAAUAAAGGGUCAAUGUACUUUAAGAAAGUGCCUCAUGUUAUGUCAGUUAAUCCAGAAUCAUUGAAGUGGCGUUGGACAAGGAUUACUGAAAAUAUGACUCAUGGGUCUCACAUAAUUUCGCUGAAGCCCUUAAAGAAUCACCUCUGAGACUUGCCGAGUAUUGACCACUUCCUGCUGCGCAUGACUCACAGCGUGCAAAAGAGCCUUCCUAAGCAAAGCAGGACGAAUGGAAAUACGACAGGAAACGGAGCACAGUUAACAACUCAAGUGGUCGCCAUUGUUGUAGCCGGAAGUAGAAUUAUUCUAAACCAAGAUUUUAGGAAGUGAAAGAAGAUAUAAUAUAGUGUUACUGUGAAAAUUAAGGUCUAUAAUCAUAAUGGACCAACAUAUUUUAGAGAUACAUAAACUAGAAGAAAUAAGGAAAACAAAUUUACAGGGAAAUUGAGAAUGAUUAGAACGAGAGUAUUUGAUGAAUUCCAUUUGAUAACACUGUGCCGAAAAGCUGAGUCAAUUGAUUGAAAUUUGCUUGUAAACAUUGUGUUGAACAUUGUGUUGAAGAUUGGGUUGAACAUUGUGUUGAACAUUGGGUUGAAUAUUGGGUUUGAUAUUGGGUUGAAUAUUGGGUUGAAUAUUGUGUUGAACCUUGAUGUAUGCAAAGAUAAAAUCAUCCUGUAUUUUACUUUAAAUUUUGCACAACAAACUUGUAAAAUGUGAGACUUUGAUUAAACUACCCCUAAAAAU